AUGUCAUCCGCAACGAAGAAUGUCCUCGCCAAGGUCCAGCGCAUGGUGCCGCCAAUGCUUGAGAAAUUCCAUAAAGGUCAGCUCGGACGAGUGGCAGUGAUCGGUGGCAGUGAGGAUUACACAGGCGCCCCCUACUUCUCAGCCAUGGCCAGCGCAAGGCUAGGCUGUGACAUGUCCCAUCUUAUUUGCACCCCAGGAGCUGGAGCCGUCAUCAAGACCUAUUCCCCUAAUCUCAUGGUUCACCCACUCAUGCGCCAAAGCCCGUCUCCUCAUCUGUCAGAUUCCACCCCCAAAGCGGACACCGAUCCUAAGAAGAUCGCUGCUGGAAUUAUUGAUAUGCUUCCAAGGCUGCACGUUCUUGUAAUCGGACCUGGACUGGGACGUGAUCCCCUCAUGCAAGAUACUGUUGCCCAAGUCAUUCGCGCCGCCCGGGACAAGGAGAUGCCCAUCGUCUUGGAUGCCGACGCUCUACUGGUCGUUCAAAAGAGCCCCGAGCUAGUCAAAGGCUACAAGUCGGCAAUAUUGACGCCCAAUGUUGUGGAGUUUGGCAGGCUAUGCGAGUCCUUGGGCGUCAAGGCGAGCGAAGAGAAAGAGACAGGCAAAGUCGAAGCAUUGUGUAAGGCGCUCGGGGGCGUGACAAUCAUCGAGAAGGGCGGGAAAGACUUCAUUUCGAAUGGCACAACGACUCUUGUGGAUGAUUUGAAGGGCGGGAAGAAGAGGAGUGGUGGUCAGGGCGACACGCUCACUGGAUCCAUUGCCACAUUUCUGGGCUGGAGGAAGGCGUACCUUGACGGACUGUGGGAUAUUGGUGAGGACAAGAUCAGCGCCGAUGAGCUGAUUGGCCUGGCUGCUUUUGGCGGCAGUGCCAUCACGAGAGAGUGCUCCCGACUGGCUUUUGCUAAAAAGGGGCGAAGCUUGCAGGCCAGCGAUCUGACGGAAGAGGUUCACAACGCUUUCCUCAACUUGUUCGGAGAGGUUGACGGUGAUGAGAGCGGCUCGAAGUUGUAG